AUCCAAUAACCGUUACAGCUCAUCUACACUGCGAUCCGAGCUCUCCCGUGAUUGACGCAGCUGCAUCUGCUCGCUACUAUUAACGUACCGCCAGCGGUCGCGAGAGUCCAGAACUCUGCGCGUGGACGGUCUGAGAGGUGGGCCCAGACAGCUGCCUGGACUAAUGGGAGCAUUCUAGUUUUGUCAGUGUACGUGGGGUGUGUAAUGGUCCGAGGUGCGAACACCUUUGGGACUGAGCAUCUUUUGUGUCAUACGUAAGCGUGACUGAGUCUGUAGCGUCUACACGGGGAUCCUCCCCGUUCAGGAUGCGCUCGUUGACGAUGCGACGGGGCUAUUAAGAUGCACGUCGUUUUUGAAACACAGGCAGUUGAGUAAACAAAUCAAUAGAAGCCGUGAUCAACAAGCGCAUUUCUGCAGUAAUGUAAAGAUGGCUAGACUGCUUCAUAACUUGCUGUUGUUGACAGUCGGGCUGACGCUGAAGAUCAGAGUUAUGGGAUACUGGUCUCUCAUCUAUGGAUACUGCGCGCUGUGCACCUGCGUAGCGCUGCUUAAACUUGGCUGGAAUAUCAUCCUACGACCGUCAACAACCUUUCAGUGGACGGUUCGUGAGACACCCCCUGCGUGCCUGAAUGACACGUCCUUGGGAACCCACUGUUAUGUUAGAAUUAAGGAGUCUGGACUCAGAUUUCACUAUGUUGCUGCUGGAGAACGAGGAAAGCCACUUAUGCUGUUUCUGCAUGGAUUCCCAGAGUUUUGGUUCUCCUGGCGUCACCAGCUGAGGGAAUUUAAGAGCGAGUUCCGAGUUGUUGCGGUGGAUAUGCGAGGCUACGGGGAGUCUGACCUGCCCUCCUCCACCGAGAGCUACAGACUGGACUACCUUGUCACCGAUAUCAAGGACAUUGUGGAGUAUCUGGGAUACAACAGAUGUUUUCUCGUGGGGCAUGACUGGGGUGGCAUCAUCGCAUGGCUCUGUGCAAUUCACUACCCUGAAAUGGUGACAAAACUCAUAGUGCUGAACAGCCCUCACCCCUGUGUGUUCACUGAUUAUGCCCUUCAUCACCCCAGUCAGAUGCUCAAGUCAAGCUACUACUUUUUUUUCCAGUUGCCAUAUUUCCCAGAGCUAAUGCUCUCCAUCAAUGAUUUCAAGGCGCUGAAGAGUCUGUUUACCAGCCGCAGCACAGGUAUCAGUUGUAAGGGACGCUGGCUCACCACAGAAGACCUCGAAGCAUACCUGCAUGCCCUCUCACAGCCAGGGGCCCUCACUGGGGCCAUCAACUACUUCAGAAAUGUCUUCAGUGUCCUCCCACUGAGUCAGAGUGAGGUGAAGUCUCCCGUAUUGCUGCUGUGGGGAGAGCGAGACGCCUUUCUGGAGCAGGACAUGGCCGAGGCUUGCCGCCUGUACAUCAGAAACCAUUUCCGCCUCAACAUCAUCUCUGGAGCCAGUCACUGGCUUCAACAAGAUCAGCCCGACAUCGUCAACACACUCAUAUGGACUUUCAUUAAGGAGGGAGAAGGCCGGAAAAACUACAGGAACUUAUAAUGGGGUCCUUCUCCCUCUGAGCUCACCUGAAGAGGGGACCAGGGAAAAAGAACAAAAGCACAUUUGAAUCGGAGGGGUUGCUUAGAGAGUAAAGCGUUUAAUCUAUUUUUCUCAAGUUUGCACAUGACAUUCGCCUUAAGGUUUCUUGGUGACAGUGUUUAAAAGUGUGUUGCAAAAUAUCUGUGAGUAAGUUGUAUUGUGUGGUGCCUUUCGACAUACCAUUUUGCAGCAUUAAAGAUGUGCCAUGUCUCUUUGAGACCGAGCUGUCGGUCGUUUGUAUCAUGGGAUUUGCUUCUCUCUGCACUCUCUGUAACACAAUCUUAUGGGAGUCCUAAACCCCUCCACCUCUCUUUCAGGUUGUGUGGUCUUAGUGGAAGCUAUUCUGUUUUGUAUCUGUUUAAACUUCUGAGAAUGUCAUUAUUUUGAUCGUUCUGUAUGAUAAAACAAAGUGAUGUUUCAAUAUUGUAAACUUUUUUGUAUCUAGUCCUAAACACUGCAUCAAAGACAGUAGAACCAGCUCUGCACCAUUUUGAUUUUCUAAGCAAAUAAAUAAUAGCGGAAAGUCA